UUGAGCUUGUAGAUCUGAUUGUAAUUACAACUCUAACGAUAAACAAUGGCCAGAAAGAAGUCUGCCGCUAAAAAGGCCAGAGAGGAGGCAGAAAAGCUUGCUCUUGCUGAAGCACCAAAAGACCAAACAGUUGAAGAAUCAACAGAAGUAGCUAAAAAGGUGGAAGACUCACCAGAAGACGUUUCACAAGAUGAAGAAGAAGAAUCAUCAGAUGAAAGUGAAGAUGAAUUCGGUGAUUUAUUAACUGAAGAUGUGGAAGAUGGUAUUAGUAAAGUAUUAAAUACCAUAAGAUCAGAUCCUAAGAAAUUAUUAGACCCAGAAGCUAAAUUCUUCGAAGAUCCUGAAAAGAUAAACUACGAUAAUGGAGUACGCAAAGAGAAACCAUUAUAUUUACAAGAAUAUCAAAGAAACCAAUUAUUGUCAAAAAGUUACCAAGAUGAAGAUGAAGAAGAAAAUGAAUAUGGAACUGUUGAUGGUGAAAAGCCAUUUGUGGUUCAAGAAAGAGAAGAAAGAGAUCAACUUCUUGAAGAUAUUAAGAAAGCAUUUGAAGAUGAUGUUGAAGAAGAUGAUGAUCAAGAUGACGACGAUGAUGGCUUCUUGAAGAAAAAAGAUACCAGAAGGGUUGUGGUUCAAGAAGAAGAACUGAAUGUGUUGCCUGAUCCUGAAAAUAAUGAAGAAGAAUUCUUAAGGGCAUUCAUAGAUAACAGAGCCUGGAUUCCUAAGAAAUCUGAUAAGACUGUCAAUUUAGAUAAAAUAGAAAGAAAAGCCGAAGGAGAGUUUGAAGAGGCAGUUGAACAAUUUGAACAUGUUUAUAAUUUCAGAUAUGAAGAUCCAACUGCUGCUGAAAUUGUGUCGUAUGCCCGUAAUCAAGCUACAUUAAGAAGAUCAGCUACUAGUGCUCGUCAAAGACAAAGAGAAAGAAAGAAGGAAGAGAAAUUAAAACAAAAACAAGAAAAGGAAGAACUUUUGAAACAAAAGAAGAAUUCAAAGAUAAAUAAAGUUAUGGAUAGAUUGGAAAAGAUCAAACAAGCUGUAGGUGAAGAAGUUAGUGAUGAUUUGAUUCAAAAAGUCUUUGGUAAUACUUUACUUCAAGAUGAUUUCGAUGAUGCUGAUUGGGAUAAUAAGAUGGCUGAAAUAUUCAAUGAACAAUAUAAUGGAGAUGAAGGAGAUGAUACGCAAAAACCAGAAUGGGAUGAAGAUGACGAUAUAAUGGGAGACUUUUAUGCUGAAAAGAAGAAUAAACAAGAAGAUGGCGAUGAUGAAGAAGAAAACGACGAUGAAGAAGAAACUAAAACAUCUAAGAAAGAUAAACUUAAGAAGAAGAAAUCAGCCAAGAAAGAGAAGCAAUCUUUACGUGAAAAAGCUCAACAAAUUGUUGAUGCUAAGACACAUCUUAUUGUUGAUGAAAUUGAAGAAGAAAGAGGGCGUCCAGAAGAUAACGAUGGUGUUGCAUAUAAAUAUAGAGAAGUCUCACCUGAUAGUUUUGGUUUAACUACUAGAGAUAUUUUGAUUGCCGAUGAUACUCAAUUGAAUACCUUUUUGAAUUUAAAGAAAUUGGCGCCAUAUAGACCAAAGGAAGAUAUGUUAAAGGAUAAAAGAAAAUAUACAAAAAAGAAGAGAUUACAACAAUGGAGAAGAGAAGUAUUUAACGAUAAAAAUGGUCCAACCACUCCUCAAGAUGAUAGAUUUGAUAUUUAUAUUCCAGCUGAACAACCAAAGCAAAAGAAAAGGAGAACAGAUAAUUAAGUUUUCGUCUAGAGUAUGUAUAUUGCAUAUUUAUAUAAUGUAAAAAUAAUAGAAAUAUAAAAGUUAAAAAUUUCACGUUUUAUCUAUAAUUGUUCUGUAAACAAGUUCAUUGUCUUCGCCUUCAAGUUUUUCCUUUUCAAAGAAAUCACUACCUAAUUCAAUUAAUCCUGUUUCUGCAGCAUAAACAGCCCAAUGAUUAACAAGAGUGGAUAAUACUUUUGGUUCGACAAGGGCCAAAUCAUCAGUUUCACCGGGAUCUUUCCUAAUAUUGAAUAAUUGCCAUUUUUCAGGUCCGAAUGGUGCUGGAAUAUAAAUAGCCUUAUACUCCCCUUGUCUAAUGGCUUGUUGACCGAAUAAUUCCCAACCAGUGACUGUAUCUUCGUCAUGUAUUUGAGGAGAUUCGCCUGCCAAAUAAGAUUUCCAAGAUUUACCUCUUGGAGUAGUGACUUCUCUACCCUUCCACGUUGUACCUGGAU